UACGUACGAAAUGCCACAGAAGGACUGACAGGAGUGGCUCUUUAGUCAGAGCAGAGAAAUCAUUCUCAGAACAGAAGCAGCAUUUUUAUUUAUUUUUUUGUUUUUUUCAGAGAAAAGCUCAACGGCGCACCAGACCUCGCUGGACAGUAAUUUACACAAGUUUAAAUGUGCCCAGAGAACCUACAGAUGCAGAACACGUUAAAUCGUCAUAACCAUGGCAUCCGUCUGGCUUGUGCUUGUGCUGUGGAUAUUUGUUAAUGCCUUGAUAAAAGUGAUUCCAGCGUCAUCAUGUGCUAAGAUUCACACUCCUGCUUCAGUGGUGCUCGCUGGUUCACCCGUGUCAGUGUCCUGCUCCAUUGAGGAUGACUGCCCGCUGACCAAAGGCAAAGACUUUCGUGUGGCAUGGAAAAUUAACAACCAUUUUGUCCCCAGCCAUCUCUCUUACCAGGAGAGUAACAGGACGUAUGGUGUAAUCAUCCCUACUCUACCAGACGCAGGCGCAUUCAUUGCUUGCGCUGUGUGUGAACAGGAAAACUGCCAAAUGGUCAAUGGAGUGCAAGUGAAAGCGGGAUAUCCUCCAUCCGUUCCUAAAAACCUGAGCUGCACUUUGAAAAGCAGACUGCUGUGUCAGUGGGAUCCUGGUCAGAAAAUGACAAAUCUUCCUACAAACUAUACACUUCAAAUAUUUAGGGUCAUGUCAAAAAAGGUUAAAUGUAAUCAAUAUUUGAUCCCUCCUGGAGCGCAUUUCUUCUUGAUUCCACGGGAAUCGUAUGCUUUAUUAUCAGAGGUGGAGAUAAAUGUGACAGCGGUGAAUGUCUUGGGGAACGCCUCCUCUGAAACCCUGAAGCUGAUCCCAAUGGAAACAGCCAUGUUCGACCCUCCGGAGAUUAACAGGAUUGAAGCAGAUGUGUUGGGCUGCUUAAAUUACAGCUGGAGUCUUGCAGAAUCUCAGCAAUGGUUGACGGCUGCCAUCAGUUUAGAGUUGAGAUUGAAAACAGCAAACAACCAGCGAGACAAAGAGUUGAUUUUGCUCUUCACAAAAAAACAAGGAAGCAAAAUAACUGUAUGUGACCUUUUUCAUGGGACAAAUUACAGCACCACAAUGCGAGCGAAGUAUAGUUCAUUGAGUAAAUGGAGUGAAUGGAGUGAAUGGAGUGAUCCGAAGAUAGCAACCACACUUAUGAAGGCCCCGACUGGCAGCCUGGACACAUGGCUUAAAGUGGAUGAUCAGAAUGCACAGCUCUACUGGAAGCCCUCAAAAAAUUUCCAUGCCAACGGCUGGAAUUUGUUCUACACUGUCGAAUCAAAGAAACCGAAAAAGACUUUGUGUGUUACACAAGAAAGCCACUGCUUUUUCAAUCUCACCGAGAAGGUAGAAAAGGUUUACCUGAGAGCCACUAACCCAGUGGCAAGCUCGGAUCAUACCGAAGUACCGGUGUAUCGGAACAAAGGGCUGGGCUCUGUCUCUAAUUUCAGUGUUCAUCCCCAGUCAGAGACGUCUGUGCUGAUCGUGUGGGAGGGACCACCACCGUCCCUCCAUGUCACAGGAUACGUGCUUGAGUGGAGAUCUCUAUGUGAGAAGCCAGCAGCUCCCCUGUCCUUUACUCUGAUGGACAAAAACCUCUCCAGUACCAUACUAACAGGGUUAAGGCCUUACAAACCCUGUGAGAUGUCUAUUUAUCCCAAAUAUGAUAAAGGGAUUGGAAGUCCACACACUUUAGUGGCAUACAGCAGUCAGAAAGCACCCUCUGUGGCACCAGAGUUGAAUGUUAUGGAAAUCAGUCAUUCAUAUGUCAAACUACACUGGGAUGAAAUCCCCCUCGAUCAGAGAAAUGGGAUCAUUCAACAAUAUACCGUUUACUUUUGGAAUGAGACGAACAAUAUCGAAGUUAUAAAGACUCAGGAGACCAGCAUUGUGGUGAGAGAUCUUCAACCACUUACCAAAUAUGAAGCCCUUUUGUCGGUUCAUACAAUGGGUGGAAGUAUAAACGGAUCAGUUGUGGCCCUGGCAACUGGACAUAUUGAUGGUAUUGAGAUGGUGCUGUUUGUUAUCCCAGCAUGCAUUGGGUUAUCACUUCUCGUCAUCAUUGUGUUUGCCUAUUUUGGGAAACAUAAACGGGUGAAGAUGUUUUUAUGGCCUAUAAUUCCUGAUCCUGCCAACAGCAGCAUUAAGAGGUGGACCACCACCGAUUCAGUGCAGGGCAUGCCUCCCUUUAAAGAAGACAAGGAGCCCGUGUUGGUGUAUCUGUCCCACUUCAGUCUUCUUGAUCUGGAUGAGAAGGAGCCGUUCAAGAGUGAUUAUGUCAAGGAGAACCAGUGGUCACACAACAUCGACACUCGUGAUGACAGUCAUUCCUCAUUCCAGACCUGUGUCAGAUACGAUUCGGAGCACGACAGGGAUUCUGUCCCUUAUGCCACAGUUGUUUUCGGUGGUCCGUAUCAAAACCAUUCAUCCUGUCCUCCAGCCUACGUUCGCUCUGAGUCCACACAGCCUCUGUUAGGAGCGGACGACCCUGGCAGCCCCCCACCGUAUGAGAAUGUGUCACCAAGCGGCAGUGUUUCCAAAGUACACCUGUUCACUACAUUCCCUAAGAAUUCCACUGAGAACGAGGAGAAUGAAGAAAUUUGGGAAGAAUUUCCUAUGCUCAGAUCUUUAGAGAUCAGGGAUACUGAUCAUAUCUAAACUCCGAUUCAUCCAGUUCCUGUUAAUGUGCUUCUUUUUAAGGAUGUGUGUGUGUGUCGCAUUUUGAGUUUGAGUAUAUACAGAAACAUACAAAAGGAUACAUUCAAACCACAGCUGAAUGUGGCCUAAACCUGACUGAUCUGGCUCACAUGACAGAUCUCUUUUUAAAAGCAAUCAGCAAAAAAUUUGGUUACACUUUAUUUUGACAGUCCACUCAAGACAUUCUACUAACUAGAAGUAACUUUGUAACCACAUGUCAACUAAUUCUCAUUAAUUUGCAACUACAUGUCUACUAACUCUUAGAGCAGACUGUUAGGUUAGCAUAGUCAGUAUGUUGUAUGUUGUGGACCCAUCAAAAUAAAGUGUUAGAAGAUAUUAAGUAGACAGUCUACUAAUACUCUAAUGAAUGCUGGUUGACAUGUAGUUGCAACGUUACUUACUGUUAGUAGAAUGUCUAAAGUGGACUAUCGAAAUAAUGUGUUACCAAAAACUCAUGAUUAACUUUCUGCAGUAUUGUCAGGAUUAAACAGACCACUGGUAUGACAAUGAAUGGGAGAAAAUGGUACUCCCAUUAUGGCAGCUCUACUAGGUCCCACCUUCUCCAAGUAAGAGAGCCAAUCAGCAAAAUCACUGCCUGGUCUUUAUGUGAAACUUAUCUCAAGAAAUCACAUAGACACAUUUUUUGUCGUGCUGCCCUUCCAAGUUCAUUCUUUCAAUGUGCCUAUAAGUCCAUUCUUGUGUCAUUAGCAUUGAGAAACUGUAGCAAAUUUAUGCAGCAUUUAAAAAAUAAUGCUACAUGAUAUCCAGUGUAGUGGGUUGAAAGGAGCACAUUUCUGUGGAGGUAUAAGACGAAAAAAAAAAAAAAGCUUACCAACACAUCGUUACUUUUUGUAUGUAAAUUUUUUGGGUGUAUUUUUAACUCCACAUUCAGCAUGUUUUUGGUGUAUAAAAGAGACUGUUCAUUUACAAUGUUAUCUUAUAUUUGCCACAUGUUAUACAUUCACCUCUUGGAAUCUUUUUUUUCUUCUUUUUAGAAUUUUAAAAGAAUACAGUUUGUGGUUACAUCUGGCAAUGUAACAACACUUCCUCUGGAAAGGACAAAAUAAAAGAGUUAAAUGUU